ACUGUCUAAGGACAUCUGGUCUUAGCUAACGUUGUAACUUUUUACUUUUCCUAAUCAUAAAAUAACCAAGUUUGUGACCAACACGAACCGAGACAUCAGUUCGAAGGUCUUUGAAACUUUUAAUUUGGUGUAUUUCUUUAUGUAACUUGAGCUGAUUAUAAUGAGGAGACAGGAAAACCAGCCGCCCAGACCAACAGCAGGCUUCCUGUCUGUCCCGCUCUUUAACCAGAAGAAAAGAAACAGACUUCCUUUGACAUCUGCCCCCUCCGAGAAUGAAUUUUUCUCCCACAGUGAAUACACGGCAAGCACCAGCUCGGCUACAUCUCACAGCACAUCAGGUACCUAUGGAUGUUACCAGGCCUCAGGUCUGUCAUCUAGUGCUCCACAAAGCCACCAGUGGAACAGACAGAGCGUCCCACAGUCUGCUCCGCUCCAGCAAUAUGGCAGCAACAGACCUGCUCCUGGACCUGCCCCUGCAGUGAGAAUGUAUACACCUGUACCACAUCCAUACAAAGCUGGAGGAAUAAGCUCCAAGAUGGGACAGUCCAGCAACUCAGUGAGACAACAGGAUCCCAGCUCCGGUGUAAACUCCAGACAGAGCAAAUAUCAAGCCCCACACAUCAGUGCACAAAGCAAGCCACCACCCCACGCUGGGUUCUCUCAGAUGGCUCAGCAGUCAUCUUACAGGCCGCCCAAUCCCACAAAUCAGUAUUCCCAGCAGCCCAGACCUAUCCCUGCUCCUGUCCCUGCUCCUGUCCCUGCUCCUGUCCCCGCUCCUGUCCCACCACCCAGCAGGCCCUCUGCUCGUGCAGCGCAGCCACUAAACAACUCCUGGAAGUUCACUAACAGCUUUGGGCCACAGAGAUCCUCCUUUGAGGGGAACAGGAGCACAAAUAAACCUCAAAAUGCACGACAAACUCAGGACACAUUUCCAGAGAAGCCAGCAAUCGAGAACUCCCUGAGGAUCCUGACUGCAGUUAUUGGCGGCAUGAGACACUGGAGCCAGUUUAAAGACAAAGUCCCGUACUUAUUUGAGAUAUUUGCUACUCUAGACUCUGCGGUCACACUUGGGCACCACGGAGCAAAGAACUUCCUCAUGAGAGACGGGAAGGAGGUCGUGCAGUGCGUCUUCUAUGAAAAUGAGCAGGAACUGCCGCGUCUCAUCCGCGGUCAAGUUCAUCGCUGUGUGGGGAACUAUGACCGCUGUCGAGAUGUCCUAAAGUGUGUGUCCGUCAGACCCGGCCUGCCGUCAGAGCUGAGGAACGCUCAGGAGGCCGUCAAAGUCUGCGACGCAGAGAUGAGGGCGCUGGUCAAAUCACUCAGUGAAGUCUGAGCGCGUCAAAUGAAGGUAUCAUCAGCAGUGCAACACC